AUGGGUCCAAGAAUAUCAUUCUCAAAUGAUUUUGCUGAUCCACAACAGCCCACGAUCAAGCUCGAAAAUAUUUACCGAGAGGCCCCCGUGUCCUCGGAAUUUGCUUUUUCGGCCACCGAUCGCGACACGAUCGUCCCGGCCGAUCAGAUUUUUUCCGAGGGCAAAAUUCUUCCCCUGAGGGAAAAUUGCGCGAAAACGACCACAAUUCGCGACGAGCUUCUUUCGGAUAACGAUGGUUUCGAGGAUGUACCCUCGAGGAUAGCCAAAGGUACAAGCAGUUGGAAGGAGAGAUUGGGUUUUAAGAGAUCCCAUGUUGUUGUAGUACCUAAGAAGAAAUCUGACAAGAAUUUUGUUGAAGGGUCUUUGGAGAGUAUAGAUGAAAAUGAUAUAUGA